AGUUGACCAGAAAUCAUGGCGGCCACCAUCACAGCGACAGAACCAGUUUCUUCCGACGAAAGAACCAUUUUUAGCACCUGCAGUGAAGAUGAUCAGGCAUGUGCUAAGCUGUUUUGGCAGUCACUAACCCUACAGCCGCCGAUUGAGUCAAGACUCGUGUCUGGUGAUGUGAGGCAGAGGCUGAAAGUUGCGCCCCCAGGAAGACAACCUGUGAAUCGAGCCUAUGAGAAGAUUGAGACGUCACAAAAACUGACAGAUUUCCUGGAGAGAGCACAUGCUGAGGUGGUAUAUGCACAGAGCAUGAAACUCACCAAACAGGCUAUUGCAAGACAAGAGACUCUGCACAUUCUACAAAAGAGGAAACAUGAGAGAAAAGAGAAAGAGGCAAUCUCUCACAGGCCGGCCCCACCAUCAUUGCUUGAUGAAGUAGAUGAGUACGACGAGGCCGCAGAGCAAGAGGCAGCACAGGCCAUGGCAGAGCUGGACUCAUUCGAGCAGCGCAUCACCCACGAGGGCAGCAGAUGAGAUACAUGCAUGAUGAGAGCGUGUGUGAAAACCUGUCCCUCCAUCCGUCCAUUCACAAAAACUUUCCAGAUCAUUUGGUAACUUCUGAUUGCCUGCAGCUGUGCCAUGAUGUCAGUAUUUCUAGCUGAUCAGAUCUUUUUAUGCUACUUGAGGGUUGAGUUGUUCUAAAGACAAUCACAAGUCAAACCAAAAGUCAAAGUUUGAUCGGUAACAAACAAUGCCUGCCGUCCAUUUAAAGAUGCAUUCCCCAUGCUAUUUUCGAGUUCAAUCUCGAAAUGUAGAUUUUUGGUUUUUUUUGCAAUUGCUAUUUCCAAGCUAUAUAAAAGUUAUUCACUUUUGAAUGAGACAUCAAAUGAAAAAAAUCCACCGACAAUAAUUCGGUACUCGCAGGGCGGGUACAUUUGUGUGCAAAGUGAAACACCUUUUUUUUCAGGUGGUUGGA